CUUAACAACACCUUUAACACCGUCUUCCCUACAACUACCUAGACAGUCUGAGGCAACUAUAGAAUUAAUUGCUACUAUACAAAAUACGAAGAAGGGCAUAUUAUUAGAAGGAUAAGCAUAAUUGUUCAGCGAUCGUCGCCAAAUGCCUUCGCGGUAGUACUAACAUGAUUGCUUCUUCAUUUCUUCCCUCCCGCUUUCGCGGUGAGCAACCAACCGAUACACCAAGCCCACCAUCCAAGUUGAACCAGAGAGUCACACCGAUCCUCCAGUUUUUCUCCAAGAUUGCUUGCCUGCACCCGAUCCAUACCAUCGUUAUCGUUUCCUUAAUAGCUAGCACCACCUACGUCGGCGUCGUAAAGGAGAGCCUCUUAGAUGUGACUAGAAGUGCGAGGACGGCCGAUUGGCCCUCGUUAGUGGAGGGCAGCAGAAGCUUGCAGGUUGGCCCCGAAACCUCGUGGCGGUGGCAGAGCUUCGACUCCGAUUCGACCAUCCCAAAGGAUGCCGACCACUUGGCCCUUGUUACUCUGGUCUUUCCGGAGUCGUCUGCAGAUGCGCCCCAGACUGCGCCGUUGCCUCAUAUCGUCCCUCUCCCGCAGAACCUGAGCAUCUCGCAUCUGCCGUCUACUUCGAACUCCUUAAGUGCCUAUUCCCAGGACAGCGCUUUGGCAUUUGCCGUCAAGUAUAGCGAGGCUGCGGAGUUCCUUGCAGCAGCACAAGAGAUCCCCAACGAUGUUCCUGGUCAAGAAUCGCGCGAAACCGAGUUAGGCAAGGAGGAGCAGAAGAUGUGGAUAAUGAAAGUCGCCAAGGGUUACACCAGAGGAAGUGUAGUACGAUGGAUUCACAAUGCUUGGACAGAGUUUCUCGACCUGAUAAAGAAUGCCGAGACGCUAGAUAUCAUCAUCAUGGUCCUGGGAUAUCUGUCUAUGCACCUAACUUUCGUGUCGCUGUUCUUAUCCAUGAGAAAGAUGGGGUCGAACGUCUGGCUAGCCAUCAGUGUGCUUUUCUCAUCGACUUUCGCCUUCCUAUUCGGUCUCAAUGUUACCACCAAGCUCGGCGUUCCGAUCAGCAUGGUCUUACUAUCCGAAGGGUUACCUUUCCUGGUUGUUACUAUCGGGUUCGAGAAGAAUAUCGCGCUAACCCGGGCUGUCCUGUCCCACGCGUUAGAGCACCGUAGGCCCGAAGAGAAGCAGACCAAUGGUGGUAAAUCUGCCAAGUUCUUGACUCCCUCGGAUGGUAUUAUUCACUACGCCGUACAGCGCGCAAUCAAGGAUAAGGGUUAUGAGAUCGUCCGUGACUAUGUCAUUGAGAUUCUGAUUCUCGUUGCCGGAGCCGCCUCGGGCGUGCAAGGCGGCCUCCAGCAGUUCUGCUUCUUAGCCGCCUGGAUACUCUUCUUCGACUGCAUCCUGCUCUUCACCUUCUAUACCGCUAUUCUGUGCAUCAAACUCGAAGUAAACCGCAUCAGGCGCCACGUGGAGCUGCGUCGGGCCUUGGAAGACGACGGUAUCAGUCGCCGCGUUGCUGAGAAUGUUGCCAAGAGUAAUGACUGGCCUAGAAGAGAUGCUAAGGGCCAGGCUGAUGUGCCUCUCUUCGGUAGUGAUCUCAGGGGCAACAGCGUCCCAAAGUUUAAGUUCUGGAUGGUUAUGGGUUUUGUUGCCAUCAAUGUCGCCAACAUCUGCACGAUUCCCUUCAGGACCUCGGAGAUUUCCAGCAUCUCUUCGUGGGCUACGGGCUUGGGAGGUGUCAAUCAGUCUAAGCCGACUGUAGUUUCUAUCCUGACUCCCAUCAAGUACGAAUUGGAAUUUCCUUCUAUCCACUACGCGGAGGCGCCCCUACCCACGAACAACGGGUACCAUGGUAAACGGGACAGCUAUCCUCAACUCAACGGCUACGGAGUAGGCGGACGCAUGGUUGGUAGCCUUCUUACCAGUCUCGAGGACCCGAUCCUAUCCAAGUGGAUCGUGAUCGCUCUAGCCAUGAGUGUUGCGCUUAAUGGUUAUCUAUUCAACGUGGCCAGGUGGGGUAUCAGGGAUCCGAAUCUGCCGGAUCAUCCUAUAGACCCGAAGGAGCUCGCAGAUGCCGAGCGAUUCAACGAUACGCAGUCUGCAACACUACCCCUCGGUGAGAUCCUACCGAAGCAGUCGCAGUCGCAGCCAAUGCCUGACAGACCUAUCACUCCCGCCUAUACCGAUGAUGAGAGUGUUAGCCAGCCUCCCCCAGCUAGUCAGCUAGCGUCACUAGCGGCGCAGAGGACACAGAGCGAGCUAGACAGGAUAUUAUCUGAGAAAAGGGCGCACGAAUUAACUGAUGAGGAGAUUGUUGCCGUAUCGCUGAAAGGCAAGAUCCCUGGUUAUGCAUUGGAGAAGACCCUCAAGGAUUGCACGCGGGCUGUGAAAGUUCGUCGAAGUAUCAUCGCGAGGACCCGAGCGACGGCAGACCUUACUGGCUUAUUGGACCAGUCUAAGUUGCCGUACGAGAACUACAACUGGGAACAAGUGCUUGGCGCCUGCUGUGAGAACGUUAUUGGUUAUAUGCCCAUUCCUGUCGGUGUAGCCGGACCGCUCGUCAUCGACGGCAAAAGCUACUUUAUUCCCAUGGCGACUACUGAAGGUGUGCUCGUCGCUAGCACAAGCCGCGGCUGCAAGGCUAUCAACUCUGGCGGAGGUGCCGUUACGGUUCUGACGAGCGACGGAAUGACUCGAGGACCAUGCGUGCAAUUCGAGACACUCGAGCGCGCCGGCGCUGCGAAGCUCUGGAUCGAUUCCGAGACAGGUCAGUCCGUCAUGAAGAAGGCGUUUGAUUCAACUUCAAGGUUUGCUCGAUUGCAGACGAUGAAGACGGCUCUUGCUGGAACUAAUCUCUUCAUCCGGUUCAAGACGACGACCGGCGACGCCAUGGGGAUGAACAUGAUCUCCAAGGGUGUUGAGCACGCGUUGAAUGUCAUGGCUACCGAGGGUGGGUUUAGCGAUAUGUCCAUCGUGUCGCUGUCUGGAAACUACUGUAUUGAUAAGAAGGCUUCCGCGAUUAACUGGAUCGAUGGCCGAGGUAAGGGUAUAGUUGCCGAAGCCAUCAUUCCGGGCGAUGUAGUCAAGGCGGUGCUGAAGAGCGACGUGGAUAGCCUCGUCGAGCUUAACAUCGCAAAGAACUUUAUCGGGUCUGCUAUGGCUGGUGCGAUGGGCGGUUUUAAUGCUCACGCAGCCAACAUAGUUGCGGCCGUUUUCAUCGCUACCGGACAGGACCCGGCGCAAGUCAUAGAGAGUUCGAAUUGUAUCACCAUCAUGAAAAACCUACGCGGGUCUCUUCAAAUCUCCGUGUCUAUGCCGUCGAUUGAAGUUGGCACGCUCGGCGGCGGCACUAUCUUGGAGCCUCAGAGUGCCAUGCUCGACAUGCUCGGUGUUAGGGGACCUCACCCGACAAACCCUGGUGACAAUGCGGCGCGUCUUGCUCGUAUAGUUGGCGCGGCAGUCCUUGCGGGAGAGCUCUCCCUCUGCAGCGCUCUCGCUGCCGGCCACCUAGUCAAGGCGCACAUGGCGCACAACCGUUCGGCUCCCCCAACCCGGAGUACCACGCCGGCCCCAGUUGCCAGUGGUGCGAUGACACCCGUUGGAUUAACUAUGACAAGUUCGAAGAGUUCUGCCGCUCUUGAUCGGGCUGCGGUAUCGAGACGUUGAAUGAUAAGACAGCUCAUUCGUUUCGUAUCAUUGAUCAAUUUACGGUGUAUUAGAGGUUUUUAAAGAAGAUGCGCUCCUUAUAGAGCAUAAUGAUGCAUCGAGCUAGGCGUUUAGCGAAGUUACGUUUAGGUAUGUCUUGUGACAAAUAAGACGUCAUGCGGAUGGGUGGUUGACGGAGGUAUUCAACCAAGUCAGUUAGGGGUCCGUGUUCUACGAAGUUUAGAUUCUCUUUUAUUCGGAUCAGAGAGAUCACAGAUGGAGAUGACUAGCAAGUCACUGCCUACGCAGGGUCGCCACGGGUAUAAAAAAAACAAGAAGCUCUC